AUGCACGGGUGUCUUAUAAUUACUUCUACUAUUUUAUAUCUAUCUAUCUAUCUAUCUAUCUAUCUAUCUAUCUAUCUACUUGAUAUUCAUUUUUUAUUUCCAAUUAUCUUCUUUCAAACAUUUCCUUCCUUCCUUCCUUCCUUCCUUCCUUCCUUCCUUCCUUCCUUCCUUCCUUCCUUCCUUCCUUCCUUCCUUCCUUCCUUCCUUCCUUCCUUCCAUCCCUCCCCUCCUCUUCCUUCCUUCCUUCCAAAUUACUUUUUCUUCUUUGCUGGUCAAGUUCAUUCAUUCAUUCACUCAUUCAGUCUUUCUUUCUUUCUUUCGUUUCACGUUCUGAAUGUUUCCAAUAUCUUUUCAGUUUUUUUUUCUCUUUCAUUUUCUUCCUUAAAUAAGGAAUGGUCUUUUAUUUCUAGCCCCUCUCACCUUCUUUUUCGCUCUUUACGUUUCCUUCUUUGUUUCUCUUGCUACACGUUACCUUUCUUUCACAAUAUUCUUCUUUCUUCCGAAACUUUCCCGAUGUUUUUGCAGUAUUUCAUUAUUCUUUAUUCUCUUUUUUCAUUAUUUUCCUUCUUAACAUCUGACCCUUUUCUUUCUUUUUUGUUUCUUUCUUUCACUGUCCAGCCAUAUGUUUGUCUGCAUACGUCACAGACUAUUUUGGCUCUUUUGUCUGUCUGA